AAGAAUGCGGCGGCUGUGACCAGUGGUCAGAAGUGGGUGCUCUUCAACUGGGAAUCGCCCGAGAAUUCGCCGGCCUAUAACGUGCGCCAUCUCUUCAAUCACAUCGAUUGGUUUAUUAAUUAUAGGCGCGAUUCAGACAUUUACGUGCCGUACGGGUCGGUCACCAAAUGUGAUACAAAGUGGCAAAACGAGGAUCUCUUCGACGGCAAGAGCGGUUCCGUGGCGUGGAUUGUGUCCAAUUGUCACACUUCUAGCAAUCGCGAGACGUAUGUCAACGAUCUUCGCAAACACAUCGAUAUCGAUAUCUUCGGAAAUUGCGGUCAAUACUGUUCGCGAGACGGAACUUGUCUUUCGGCGAUCGUUAAGAAAUACAAGUUUUACCUUUCAUUUGAGAAUUCGUUAUGUAAAGACUAUGUGACAGAAAAGUUGUUUAAAAUCAUUUCAUACGAUAUAAUACCUGUAGUGUACGGUUCGGCCGACUAUUCGCUUAUAAUGCCUGACAAUUCAUUUAUAAAUGUAAAAGAUUUUAAAACUACUGAGGAUUUGGCCAAAUAUCUGAAACUGGUCUCAAGUGAUAAGCAAUUGUAUAACUCGUAUAUGUUGUGGAAGAAGAGUUAUUGUCCACAACUCACUCAUUACAAGUAUUUCUGUCAUUUAUGUCGCAAAUUGAAUGAAUACAGCGCUCGGAAGCCGACCAACCGGUGGAACCGUACGAAUUUGAUUGAGUGGUAUAUCGAUGGCGGAGAUUGCAGGCGACCCACGUUUAACACGAUGACCGACCGGAUCAAAGACCAACGCCUGAAGACCAGACAAAUAAACACAAACGAUGGAUUCAACAACCAGUCGGGUGUCAAACAAUACCGGAUCCUAUUGUGGACCAAAUACUUCCAAUCGGACGAGUGGUCACAUCUGGACUACAAGUCAAUCGGUUGUCAAUUCUCUAAUUGUCGUCUCAGCGAAGAUCAAUCUCUCGUGGAGUCGGCCGACGCCGUAUUGUUCCACUGGCGGGACACCGAUCCACAGAGACUGCCCGCGAAGACUGCGGCGGCUGUGGCCAGAGGUCAGAAGUGGGUGCUCUUCAACUGGGAAUCGCCCGAACAUUCACGAGCCGGCGAACAUGGAGGACGCGAUGUCCACAAUCUCGUCAAUCACAUCGACUGGUUUAUGAAUUAUAGACGCGAUUCAGACAUUUACGUGCCGUACGGGUCGGUCACCAAAUGUAAUACAAAGUGGCAAAACGAGGAUCUCUUUGACGGC